UAUUCAACUUUUAAUCUUUUCAUCUGUAUCAUCAUGUCUGCUGUUCCAGGCGUUAACCGGCCUCCAUACCCUAUCCAUGAGUCUGUCAAGGAUAAAUUGGAUCCGGAGUAUGUCGACUUCUAUAACAAGUUUAUAAUCAACAAUCAGCAGGUCCACUUGCAACCAGUCGCGGCCUCCAGAACAAGUGGUGUUCUUAUACCAGGUGCUGGACCUAUGCUGCAGGUUGGAAAGACACAGGAUAUCACCAUUGAGCGCCGCGAGACCGAAGGACCUCCCAUCUUGCUUCGGGCCUUUACCCCAAAAGGCGAAGUACCAGUUGGUGGAUGGCCAGUGGUGCUGUAUUUCCACGGUGGUGGCUGGGUUCUUGGCUCAAUUGACACUGAGAAUGUGGUAUGCUCGAAUCUUUGUGUGCGCGGGAACUGCGUUGUAGUGACAGUUGACUAUCGUCUUGCGCCUGAGAAUCCCUUCCCCGCUGCAGUCCACGAUAGCUGGGAAGCGCUACUAUGGCUGAUCUCCGAAGGACCCGCGGCGCUAUCGAUUGACAAAUCAAAGAUGGCGACUGGAGGAUCCUCAGCCGGAGGAAACCUCGCUUCAGUCAUGACUCACAAGGCAUUGACUCUGUCACCGCCAGUCAGGUUCCUGUCGCAGCUACUCUCAGUCCCAGUCACGGAUAAUACUGCGGUAGUGGAGACCAAUGGAUCCUAUCGUGUCUAUGAAAACACCGUCGCUUUGCCCGCGGCUAAGAUGCUCUGGUACCGCAAUCACUAUCUGCCUAAUGAGGCCGAUCUUAAGGACCCAGAGGCAAGUCCUCUUUUCUAUACAAGUAACUGGUCUGACCUCCCUCCGGCUCUGGUCAUGGUUGGUGAGUGUGAUGUGCUACGGUCUGAGGGUGAGCAGUAUGCGGAGAAGCUGCAAAAGGCUGGCGUGGAAGUAGACUUACAAGUCAUGAAGGGGAUGCCGCAUCCAUUUUUGGCUAUGGAUGGUGUGCUGUCGGAGGGAAAGAGAUCUAUUACUCUGAUGUGUGAUGCUUUGCAAAAGGUUUUCUGGAACUGA